AUGAGGGCCGGUGGUGGGUGCGCCCCCUGUCUUCGAACCCUGGGUGCACAUAGGGGCUGCAGGCGAGAGGGGAGCAGCAUGGCCAGUGGGAAUGGGCUCCCUUCAUCCUUGGCCCUGGUGGCCAAGCGCCCCUCCGCCCUGGGCCCAUUCCCCAGAUACAUCUGGAUCCACCAUGACACACCGCAAGACAGCUUAGACAAGACUUGCCAUGAAAUCUGGAAAAGGGUUCAGGGCCUGCCGGAGGCCUUGCAGCCUAGGACCUGGAGGGAGCAGCUCUCUGCCCCCGUGGCUGGGACUCCCAGGGACCAUGGGCUCAACGCUCACGAAGAGGCACUGGAACUCAGCAGUGGCAAGGAUGAGAUCUCCCUGUUGGUGGAGCAGGAGUUCUUGAGCCUCACCAAAGAGAACCACGUCCUCGGGCCAGAGAGCCCCAGUGAGCUGGAGGCAGCUGGCCGCUCAGCCCAGGGAAGGAAAGAGCCACCUCCCUGCAUCAUCGGACCUUCUCUGGCAGCAGAGAGCACUGAGCUCUCAGGCACCGCUGUCAUCGCCGGUGACAAGCUUCUGAAGCCGAAGAUGGCUAUGUCUGUGAUUGGCAACAGGAAGAACUGCGACUCAGCCAUGUCCACCGUCACCGGCAUCCUGCGCUCUGCCAAGGUCAAGAGUGCCAAAGGGUCAGAAGAUGGGGGCCACAGCCUGGGCCCCUCCAACUCAGAGAUCAGCAAGCUCCUGGCCCAGUUCCCUCUCAAGUCCAUGGACACCAAGGUCCCUGACCACAAGAUGGUGCUGGAGGAGGCCAAGGUCAUCAAGGAUUUCCUGCAGAACAGCAUGUUCAGCGGCACCGGAACCAAGGAGCCGGCGGGGCUGGGACCCUUUCUGCUGCUGCCGCCCCCGCCUCCGUUUGUACCCCUGGACAAGCUUCCCGAGCUCCCCACUCAGAAGAGGCAGCUUCCGGUGUUUGCCAAGAUCUGCUCCAAGCCGGAAGAAGACAUGGCCACGGCCGCUGAGGGCCACCUCUUGAUGGAAUGGAACCCUGGCGCCAAGGAGCCGAGCAGGGCUCGAGAGAGCCUCUGCCUCGGUCAGUGGCCCCUGAGCCGGAAGGACAGCUGUGGCGAGAAGGGUUGCAGUGACCCAGCAGGGACCGUGUCCGUGGUUCUGGCCGCCAAGAAGGCUGCAAGGCCAGCCGAGAAGAACUUGCUCUAUGAGCUCCUCGGGGCCACCAAGCACCCCAGCGGGCAGCUGAGGCUUCGCAGCAAAGUGGAGGUGGACGGACUGGAGCUGAAACUGCACCGGUCUGUGACAGCGGCAGAGAAGAACAAGUACACAGGCAACAUUUUCACCCCACGCUUUGCCACCGCCUUGACCUCCGCGACCCUGAACCAGCCACUCUGGCUGAACCUGAACUACCCUCCUCCACCGGUGUUCACAAACCACUCCGCCUUCCCACAGUAUCAGGGCUUGUACCCACAAAGAGCCAUGAGGAUGCCCUACCAGCAAACCCUGCACCCCCAACUGGGCUGCUACUCCCGACAGGUGGCACCGUACAACCCCCAGCAGUUUGGACAGCAGAUUUUCCGAUCAUCCUACACCCCCUUGCUGAGCUACAUCCCCUUUGUCCAGCCCAACUAUCCAUAUCCUCAGAGGACUCCACCGAAGCUCUCCACCAACCCCCGAGACCCUUCUCCCAUGGCAGGAGAUGGACGGCAGUACCUCUUUCCCCAGGCCUACGGGUUCAGCUCAACGUCUGGGGGCCCACUCAUGAACAGCCCCUAUUUUUCCUCCUGUGGGAAUGGCAUCAAAUUUUAGAUUUCCU